UUGUUGCUGUCACUUGAUUCCUGGUUUCAGAAUACAGUAUUUAGGAAGCUAGCUAUCACCUGGAAUAAUGACAAAAGUACUUUAUUUAUGAAUGCGUUUUAAUUUUACCUGCGUUUGGGGGCACCACAUAAACAACGGAAAUUCAUGAUCGCAAAAUAAGUACGUAAUAGUUUAAUCAGAGCUUGCUAAUUGGAUAAAACUGUUAUUGAGUGAAAUCUGCCUCGGUAAAAUUUUGAUUAUUUUCCAUCUCCAGUUCGAAAUAUCUGCAUCUAUGGCUUCUAUUCUUGAUGAGUAUGAAGACUCGCAGAAUAGGAGGCACCCUGUUCAACAGCACACCCGUCUGUCUGCCUCCAACAUUGGGAUAACUCAUUCAGGAUUCGUGAAUGUUCGGCUAGAAGAAGAGAAGCCAAUAUUCAACAAGCAAAGGAUUGAUUUCACUCCUCCAGAAAAAAUAAACCACUUUACAGUAUGCAACAACCAGCUAUGUAUGAGUUUAGGAAGGGAUACGCUUCUAAGAAUUGAUCUUGGAAAGCCUAAUCAGCUAAACCAAGUCGAACUUGGACGUAAAGAUGAGACUAAAGUUCACAAGCUGUUUCUGGACCACACAGGCUCCCACUUGGUGAUCUGCCUAAAUGCAAAUGAGUGCCUGUACCUGAACAGGAACACACAGAAAGUCCGGAGCCUGUCCCGGUGGAAGGGUCAUCUGAUAGAUAGCGUGGCGUGGAACCGGGUCCUUGGCACGGAGGCCAACACUGGCCCCAUCCUUGUGGGCACCAGCCUGGGGCUCAUCUUUGAGGCUGAGAUCUCCACCUCGGAGGGGAGUCUGUUCAACACCCACCCGGACCAGUACUUCCGGCAGGUCCAUGCCCUGGAAGAGGAUGGCCAGCCGGCACCAGUCUGCUGCCUGGAGGUGGAGCGGGGGAUGGACUCCAAGUGGUUCAUCGUCGCCACCACUCGCAAACGCCUCUUCCAGUUCAUGGGGAAGGUUCCAGAGGGUUCGGAGCAGCAGGGCUUCAGCUCAAUCUUCGCCCAGAACCAGGACCUCCUCCCCAGCUUCCAGGAGUUCCCCGUCAACAUGGGCUACAGUGAGAUCGCCUUCUACACCCCCAAGCUGCGCUCUUUCCCCAAGGCCUUCGCCUGGAUGAUGGGCAACGGCGUGCUCUACGGCCAGCUGGACUACAGUCGCCCCGACUCCCUGCUGAGCGACGUGCAGGUCUGGGAGUACACGCCCGACAUCGACCUGAGCUCCAACAAGCCGCUCUCCAUCGUCCUGACACAGUUCCACUUCCUGCUGCUCCUCCGCGACCGCGUGAAAGCCAUCUGCACCCUCAACGGCCAGGUGGUCCAUGAGGACAUCUUCCCGGAUAAGUUUGGCUCCCUGAAGAGGAUGAUCAAGGACCCCGCGGGCGGGCUGGUGUGGAUCUACACGGAGUUGGCUGUCUUCCGCUACCACAUCCAGAGGGAAGCCAGGGACGUGUGGCAGAUGUACACCAGCAUGAACCGCUUCGACCUGGCCAAGGAGUACUGCCGAGACCGUCCAGAGUGCAUGGACAUUGUGCUGGCCAAGGAGGCGGAGCACUGCUUCCAGAACAAGAGGUACCUGGAGAGCGCCAAGUGCUACGCCCUCACCCAGAACUACUUCGAGGAGAUCGCCCUCAAGUUCAUCGAGGCCAAAGAGGAGGAGGCGCUGAAGGAGUUCCUGUUGAAGAAGCUGAGCAACCUGAAGCAGGCCGAGAGGACGCAGAUCACCCUGCUGGUCACGUGGCUGACCGAGCUCUACCUCAACCGCCUGGGCCGACUCGAGUCCCGCGACAUGGAGGGUACUGUCCUACAGGAGGCCCGGCAGGAGUUCCACGCCUUCCUUGGUAGCUCCAGGCACAAGGACUGCUUCUAUAACAACCGUGGCACCAUUUACGACCUGCUGGCCAGCCACGGCAACGUGGGCGACAUGGUCCACUUCUCCGUCAUCAUGCAGGACUACGAGAGGGUCGUCUCCCACCAUUGCCAGCACGACAACUACACCGCCGCCCUGGAGGUGCUCUCCAAGCACUGCGAGCAGAAGGUCUUCUACAAGUUCUCCCCAGUCCUCAUGCAGCACAUCCCAGGCAAGGUGGUGGACGCCUGGAUCCAGAUGGGCAAGAAGUUGGACGCCAAGAAGCUAAUCCCCGCCUUGGUGAACUACAGCCAGACAGGCAGUGCCCAGCAGAUCAACGAGAGCAUUCGGUACAUGGAGUUCUGCGUGUACGAGCUGGCGGUGAAGGACGAAGCGAUUCACAACUACCUGCUGUCGCUCUACGCCAAGUACAAGCCGGAUUCGCUGCUGCAGUACUUGAAGCAGGCCGGCACGCACCCUUCGGAGGUUCACUAUGACCUGAAGUACGCCCUGAGGCUGUGCGCGGAGCAUGGCUACCAGCAGGCCUGCGUGCUGGUCUACAGGAUAAUGGAGCUCUACGAGGAGGCCGUCGAUCUGGCUUUACAAGUGGAUGUUGACCUGGCUAAGUCAUGUGCUGACCUGCCAGAGGAUGACGAGGAGCUUCGGAAAAAACUGUGGCUGAAGAUCGCCAGACACGUGGUGUUGGAGGAGAAAGAUGUGAAAAAGGCCAUGAACUGCCUAUCCAGCUGCGACCUGCUGAAAAUCGAGGACAUACUUCCCUUCUUCCCUGACUUUGUCACCAUCGACCACUUCAAGGAGGCCAUCUGCGGCUCCCUGGAGGAGUACAACCGACAUAUCGAGGGCUUGAAGCAGGAGAUGGAGGAGGCCACCGAAAGUGCCAAGCACAUCCGGGAGGACAUCCAGGAGAUGCGGAACAAGUACGGCGUGGUGGAGUCACAGGAGAAGUGCGCCGCCUGCGAGUUCCCCCUCCUCAACCGGCCCUUCUACCUCUUCCUGUGCAGUCACAUGUUCCACUAUGACUGCCUGCUCCAGGAGGUGACCCCGCAUCUGCCCGCCUACCGGCAGGCCAAGCUGGAGGAGCUGCAGAAGAAGCUGGCCGACACUGUGCAGCCUGCCAGGCCCCGACGCAGGCCCAAGGAGGAGGACACGGUGAGCCUAGGGACCGGUCAGCCAAGCCGCGAGCAGAUCAAGUCCGACAUCGACGACAUCAUCGCUGCUGAGUGCGUGUUCUGUGGUGACCUGAUGAUCAGGUCCAUCGAUAAGCCCUUUAUUGAUCCGCAGAAGUAUGAGGAGGAGAAGUCCAGCUGGCUGUGACCGCCACGCUCUCGCAUAACUGACUGUAUAUGGCUGUUUGGCGAAGGCUGGGCUGGGUUAUGUCUAAUAUACUGGCAAAAACUAUGCUAUUAGCUCUGCCUGUUUACACUACCCGCAGGUUGGCAUGUGAGGCAUUAAAACAUGCUUGUUAAAUCUGAAGCUGCGCUCUCUUGAUAUUAUACACCUACAACUUGCUUUCAAAAUUUACACAUCUUUGCUGUUAUUGGAGUCACAUGGAAUCAGUUUUACAAAGCUCUCCAAACCCAAUUUAGUUCAGUACAUGUUUUAGGUAAAAAGUCAGAGAAAGUACAUUGCUCCAAGUAUCCAUUGCUCAAUAACUGUAAUUGUAUCAGUUAUCCAAUAAUUUAAACUGUGCAGGUGGGUUGUCUGUACUACGUAUUGGCCUCCUAAAUCCUUUCCCUCAAUUAAAGCAAAUUACAGUUAUAA